AUGGGCAAAGAUAUGACUCGUGUUCUACCGUCAUCAAUCCAAGACACUACACCUGUGUUGUUGGCUGCUGCUCAAUUGGAUAAACUUUGGAACUAUGUUUACACAAUGCAGUAUAAAUGUACCAAGUCUGAAUAUCUUGGUGGCAAACCUGAAAUGAGGAUGGAUGGUGCGUAUGAUUUAUGUACUGAAGAGAAGUUCUGGCCCCUAAGUACAAACAAGGACUACAAGUGCCUCAUGUAUUCAUUCGGGGUGGGGUUUGACUUUUCCUUUGAUGAUGAAAUUGCAAAGAAAAAGUGUGAAGUUCAUUCAUUUGACCCAAGCAUGACUUAUGAAGACGGUUGGCAUCGUGAAUCUGGAGUUACUUUUCACAAGACUGGGAUCUCAGAUGUAGAUCUUGAUAAAGAUAGCAAUGGCUGGAAGAUGCGAACUUUAAAAACUAUACUGCAAGAAAUGCACCACAAUGGACGCUAUUUAGAUUAUUUAAAAGUGGACACCGAUGCACCAGGAAACAGGGGAGGCUUUGAGGACGUGCUUCUACAAGAGCUGUUAGAUACUGGCCUGCACAAAUGUGUUCGUCAAUUUGCCAUGGAAAUCCACCUGGCUGGUCCUCUUACUAAGAAGAAGUGGGCAGAUCGGGUUGACACGAUAUACCGACAACUUCUCCAACUCCGUGAUCAUGGUUGGAAAAUUUACAACACCACAGACAACAUACGUUGGGAACCAGAUCUAAGUUAUACUCAGCUGAAGGGCAAGCAGAAAAUUUUAUAUAAUGAUGCAAUUAUAUUGUGGGAAGUAGCAAUGGUUAAUACAGGGAAGGUAGAGCCUUGUCAGCCCAAGUAA